AUGCCGAACCCCGAAACACAUGAAAAUACAACCUUGCAGUUGCCGCUGCCUCUGGAUGAGCGGAAUUAUGGAGCUACUGCAGCACGUUCAAGACACGUCCCCUGCGAGUCAGUGCCAAGACACAGUCCAGCAAAGAGAGAUUACAUGGUAGCUGGUGUGCUAUGCUAUGCAAAUUUAAUAAACUUCAUGGAUUGGUUCAUUGUACCAGGCAUCCUGUUAGACAUCCAAAAAUACUUCAGGCUUGGUGAUGGGGGUGCAGGUCUCCUGCAAACAGUCUUCAUCUUGUGUUACAUGCUGGCUGCCCCCUUCUUUGGAUACCUUGGCGACCGUCGAAAUAGGAAAAUCAUCCUUGGGGCUGGUAUUUUCUUCUGGUCUGGGGUAACAUUAGGCAGUUCGUUCAUCAAUGAAUCGUAUUCCUGGAUAUUCUUUCUUUCACGAGGACUAGUUGGCAUUGGCACAGCUAGUUAUUCCACGAUAGCACCUACCAUCAUUGCAGACCUAUUUGAGGAAGGAAGAAGGACCACAAUGCUAUCUGUCUUCUACAUCUUCAUUCCAGUUGGAAGUGGUCUGGGCUAUGUCCUGGCAUCCAGCAUGGCAGAUGCCACAGGAGACUGGCACUGGGCAUUCAGGGUAACUCCUUGCUUGGGAGCUCUAGCCCUUGUUCUUCUGAUCCUGGUUGUCCCUCGCAGAACCCAGAGGAGGACAGAAGCACACAGAGCACUUAGCAUCUCCGGCACAAUCCGAGUAGCAGCUGAAAAACCAGGAGUACAGGGAACUGGCAAGACAACUUGGUGCAAAGAUGUGCUAUCGCUUUGCAAAAACUGGAGUUUUGUGUGGUCCACCCUGGGUCUGACUGCCAUGGCCUUUGUGACCGGAGCGCUGGGCCUGUGGGUGCCGCUGUUUCUCUACAGGGCUCAGCUUGUCCAGGGCCUCGUAUCCCCGUGUCUCCAAGAGUCGUGCAAUUCAUCCAACAGCCUGAUCUUUGGAGGCAUCACCAUUGGGACAGGAAUCUUGGGUGUCGUUGCUGGAGCAGAAGUUGCAAGAAGGUUAAGGAAGAUUAACAAUAAAGCGGAUCCUCUGAUCUGUGCUGCCAGCAUGUUCCUUUCUGCCCUGUGCCUCUAUGUAGCUCUGGUUUUUAUUGCAUUUGGAGAACUGUUUUUAUCUGUAAACUGGGCUGUUGUGACAGACAUACUGCUGUACGUCGUGACCCCAAGGCGGCAGUCGACAGCGAUAGCCCUGCAGAUCCUGGUGAGCCACUUGCUGGGAGAUGCAGGCAGCCCGUAUCUCAUUGGGAUUAUCUCUAAUGCUAUCCAGGCCAAGAAUGCCAGCUCAUUCCAGUGGAGUUUCUGGAGCCUGCAGUACAGCUUCAUCACGUGUGUGUUUGUCGGUGUCUUUGGAGGGAGUUUUUUCCUCCUGACAUCUUUCUACAUUGAGGAAGAUCGUAAGGAAGCAGCUCAGCUUUGAGGUACCAGGACUGAAGGUCGCCUUUCAAAGGAAGAUGAACUCCAGGGCAAGAUCUGCAAGGAUGAAGAACCUCCUCCCCUUUUUCUUUCCUUCUGCUUAAUGAGAUACAGUUGGAGAAAAGGCCAAAUAACAAUUCCUCCAUAUGGCAGGAAAAACCUGCAUACUGACUUUUUGGAUGCUUUUGACUGUGAGUCAAAAAUUGCUCCUGAAUUGGCAUAUGGCAGCGCUUCCCCAUCUGCGAA